UCUCUGCUAAUCGUGUUCCCUCCCCUCGUACCCGCCAUGGACGAUAUCGGCCUCCCCCAUGUCCCUAGUGUCACUUCCGCAAUACCAAAUCGCAUUCACUUGGCUGAUGGUACAAGUGUAAAUAGCACAGAAGCAUCUCAAGUCGAGGGUGAUCAUCCCACAGAUUGGAACGCUCAUGCCGCAUUCAAACUCGGCUCCUUUUCCAUCGACGAAUAUGGACCUCUGAAGGUUGUUGUUAUUGGUGCUGGUUUCAGCGGUAUCACUGCUGGUAUCAGGUUUAGGCAACACAUUCAAAACUUGGACCUAACGAUCUAUGAGAAGAAUGCCGGCGUGGGGGGCACGUGGUAUAGCAACAGAUAUCCCGGUCUAGCAUGCGAUAUCCCCUCACAUUGCUACCAGUUGACGUUCGAGCCGAAGACCGAUUGGUCCGCAUUUUACGCACCAGGCCCAGAAAUCCUCGCAUAUAUGCAGGGCGUUGCCGAAAAGUACAAGCUGAUGCCCUAUAUCAAGCUCGAGCACGAGCUCAUACAAGCUCGUUUCGAUGAGCCUUCUGGCAAAUGGCACCUUCGAAUCAGACAUCCAACGGGGGCUUACGGCGAAUACGAAGAAAUAGAAGACACGGCCGACUUGCUAUUCUGCGGCACAGGAAGUCUAAGUCGUUGGACGUGGCCGGAUAUUGAAGGUUUGCAUACGUUCAAGGGUCGUUUGUUUCAUAGUGCACAAUGGGAUCAGCAAGAUGGCGACAGUUGGCAGGAAAGUGUCAAGGGCUGGCGUGACAAGACGGUCGCUGUAAUCGGAGUGGGUUCGUCGGGCAUCCAACUUGUACCGGCUCUUCAACCUCGAGUUGCAAAAUUGUUCAAUUAUGUUCGCGGAAAGACUUGGCUGUCCCCGCCAUUCGCAAGUGAGAAGUUGGCGGCAUUGGUAAAGGAUUCGGCGUCCUCCAAUUAUAUAUUUACGGAGGAGGAUAAGAAGGCGUUUGGCGAUCCAAAGGUCUAUAGGGCAUUCAGACAUGACCUCGAGGAUAAUCUAAAUUCAACGCACUCGGCGACGCUUCGCGGAAGUGAGAUGCAAAACGCCGCUCGAGUGGCGUUCAAGGAGAACAUGAUCAAGCGACUAGCGAAGAAACCAUGGAUAGCGGACCAUCUCAUUCCGGAUUUUGGUGUGGCAUGUAGGAGACUUACACCUGGUCCUGGGUAUCUCGAAGCCUUGUGUGAAGACAAUGUUGACUUCGUUCCUACGCAUAUCAAGAGAAUAACGGAAGACGGUAUCGAAUUAGUCGACGGUACUCAACACAAGAUUGAUAUACUCGUUUGUGCUACAGGUUACGACACAACUUAUCAAUCCCCUUUCCCCAUGGUCGGACGGAACGGGACCAACCUCAAUGACAAGUGGUCGCCCCAUCCUAUCACUUACCUUUCCGUCUGUGUCGACGAGUUUCCCAAUUGGUUCUUCUCUCUUGGACCGAAUGCCGGCGUGGGUUCUGGUUCGCUGCUUGCAGUCAUCGAGAAGCAAGUUGAAUAUGCUGUUGAGGUAACCAAGAAGUUGCAGAGGGAACGACUGAAGACAAUCGAAGUGAAAGCCGAGGCCGUGCAGGACUACGACGAGUAUAUUGAGCAUUACUUCCCGACUUCUGUCUAUAGCGAACGUUGCCGUUCUUGGUACAAGAUGGGCAAGGAAGAAGGUCGAGUGGCUGGAUUGUGGCCGGGUUCAUGCCUGCAUUCUUUGAGAGCCUUGAGGUACCCUCGUUGGGAAGACUUCAAUUAUGGUCAGGUUGAUAAGGUCAAGAAUCGACUCUACUGGCUGGGAGAUGGCUCUACACUGAAUGAGAAAAGUAUGAGCGGCGAUCGUGCAUGGUAUCUUAAUGACGAAUACCUGGAUAUCCCACCGAUUCCGCAGGCAUGAUACAGUAAGCACGGCGAGGAUGGCUGUCAUCUCCUCAAAAUGCAAAUUCCAUUGUUUUUACUAUGCGCGCAUUGCCUGUACUACUCGAUGAUCCGAUACAGUAACAAUGAUGUUUCGAAAUCCUGGCUCUGUUACUGUCAAAUCGUAGGACAUUCAAAACAGGGCCGCUGAGCGGCUGUUAGGAGCGGGGUGAUAGAAUUACACGAUUUCGGGCGAUUACUCGCGGACAAGGCGAAGAAAUCCAAACACCAUCG